AUGUUAGGUGAGCUGUCUGCCUCCUGGCACCAGUCCGACUGGGAAGACUGGGCGAGAAGCAUGCUGGACUACCCCUCAACACCCAGGGACAGCUUCCUGCCAGUUAACCCCAGGGAAACCUAUCCCAGGGGACAGGAACAUGCAGUGGAUGACUGGACAAAUGGGUUAAAAUCAAUGCCCUCUAAGAUCAACAAAUUUUGGUCAACUCCAGACUUUUCUGUCAAGAGGAAAAACUUGGGACCUCCAGAUGAGCCUGACCUAGAGGGAAUAACAGGUACCAUGUACAACCCCAUAUAUGGGAGUCGUCCCCCCUCUCGGGGCAGUGCCGGGGGCAGGUCUCCUUUAAAGGCAAACCAUGACCUCAGACUGACCUUCCCAGACUCAGACAGUGGGUUUAGUUCAAGUUUAAGGACCCGGUCAGGUGGCUAUGGGCUGUCUUCUCUCACAGAUGAUGGUUUCGGAUCCCCGCCUAGAAGCCGACUGAUGAGAUCCAGGUCACUGUCCCGUCUCAGUGAUUCCUGUGAGCUAGAGUCUCCGCCCUUCUCCCCCCUCCCUCAGGACACUGGGUACAGACGACCCAACCUGACCGGAGCUGACCUAAUCAUCAAGGGGCUGAAGGACAAACUGGAGGAAAGUGAAAACAGAAGAACCGUGUUGAUGAGUAAACUGAAGGAGGCUCAAAGUACACUACAGGCUCAAGGGGACAGGCUAGACAGAAUAGAGAACACUGCCAAAGAAAACGAAUUUGUUGUGGAAGGCCUUAAAGUGAAGGAGCAGGAAUACAGACAGAAAAUCGGCAACCUGGAGAGAGAGCAAGAUGAGAAAGACUUUCUGAGAUUAGAAAAUCUUAGGCUAAGAGAAGAUAUGCAGACGAGAAUCACCAGUCUAGGCCACCAGCUAAAGACACUCCAGUCACAGCACUGUACCACAGAAGCCGAGAGCAGCAAGAGGACCUCUUUGCUGGAACAGACGUCUAAAGCAUUGAACUUACUAGAGGAAGAAAAUGCUAAAUUUCAGAAGGAGAGAGAUUCGGCUGUUUCAGAGAUGAAGACUGCCAAGGAUCAGUACCAUGUGGUCAAGGCAAAGUUUUCUCUGGUAGAAGAGGAAAAUGCACAGAUAAAAACAACACUGAAAAAAAUUACGGAGGAAUAUCAGGCCUUGCAGGUGUCAGUAGGAGAGUCAGGGAAUAAAGUAGAGGAGCUGAGUUCAUUGGUACUGACACUGCGGAAUGAAAAUGAGAGAUUGACCUCUACCUGGGAGUCAACCACACAGGAGAAGCAGAUGCUAGUAGAACAACAAGACAGACUGGAGGAAGUGCUGGGGGACUUGAGGUGUCAGUUGGCCGAGGCAAAACAAGAGAAGGACUCAUCUCUGGAGGAAAAGCUGGAGCUGAAGAAACAACACCAGCAGCUGAUUACGGACAAAGAGCAUCUCAUGAAGAGUAAGAUCAGCUUGGAGGAGCUGCUCAAUGAGCAACAAGGGGAGGUAACUGCAGCACGACUGAACCGGAACAGAGGUGAUGAAGAGCGAAGGCGACUGGAGGAGGAGCUUAAGGCAGUGAAGAAGGUGAGUGAGGACUUGUCCAGUGAGUUAUCUGGAGUCAAGGCCUCAUACGAGAGAGCUGUAGAACAGGUUAACCUCCUGGAGAAUGGAAAACGGAUUGUAAAUCAACAACAACACUUGUUGGAGCAGGAAGUUAGUCGUUUGGAACAUGAACUGCAGAACGCUAAAGAUAACUUGCAAUCCAAAGAAGCCGAUUUUAGAAUGGAGAGAAAUCAUUUGGAGGAGACUGCACAAAAGUAUAAGGAUGAGCUGCGAGGUUUUAAGGUGGCUAAAGGACAGGCUGAGGAUAAAUGCAGAGAGCUGGAGACAAAACUGAAACGAGCGAACGAGGAGUUACAGCAGAGCGUGUCAGUUCAGCAGUCUGAGCUGGAGUCCUGGAGGAACACCUGUGAGAGGCUGACUGGAUCUGUCAGUCGUAAAGAGGCGGAGCUUCAGAGCUUGAGUGACAAGUGUGGGGACCUGGAGGAUUUAGUGAGUAAGUUGAAGCGGGAGUGUAAGGUAUAUGAGGAACAGCUAGAGCAGUGCUUGGAGGCGGAGGAUAUGAGUGACAGAUUAAGAGAAGACAACAGACGUCUGUUACAAGAGAAAGCUGAAAAUGAACAGAUGAUUCAGCUGCUUGAAAUGCAGAAAGAAGUACUCACAAAAAGUUCAGAGAGUAACCUCGAUCGUCUCCAUGAAGUGGACCAGCUGAUGGGCAGGAUGGAUCAACUACGCAGUGAGAACACACUCUUGAGGGACAGAAUCGUAGAGCUAGAGAAAUUGCGCGAUAACCUGAUGAGACAGAGAGACGAUUCAUUGGUGAAUAGCACCAGCUCUGUGUUCUACAGCUCAGACAGCAGACAGGGUAAUGAUCAGCUUAAGACUCUGACUGAACAGGUAGACCAUUUACAACAUGUCAACCAGGUGCUGACCAAAAACAUGGAGAAACUGGAACAGGAAAAUUGUGCUUUGCGAUUGCGAGCCAAUGUGAGCGCAGAAUCUGUACCCAGAGAGAAGUUUGACAGACUACAGAGAGACAAGAGUGUGGUGGAGAAUGAAUUCAGCAUGUUACAACAACAACACAAGGAGCUGACAGAUCGUCAUCAGAGAUUUGUCAUCAGUUAUGGUCACAACAAGAACGACAGCAAGACAGAUGGAGAAUGUUGUGGUCAUAGUGUUGGUCGUAGUGUUGGUCUUAGUGGUGAUCGUAGUGGUGGUCGUAGUGGUGGUUAUAGUGGUGGUCGUAGUGGUGGUUAUAGUGGUGGUCGUAGUGGUGUUGGUCGUAGUGUUCGUCGUAGUGGUGGUCAUAGUGUUGGUCGUAUUGGUGGUCAUAGUGUUGGUCAUGGUAGUGUUGGUUGUAGUGGUGUUGGUGGUAGUGUUGGUGGUAGCGGUGGUCGUGGUGUUGGUCGUAGUGGUGUUGGUGGUAGUGUUGGUCGUAGUGGUGGUCGUAGUGUUGGUCGUAGUGGUGGUGGUCAUAGUGUGUUGGUCAUAGUGGUGGUCGUAGUGGUUGGUCGCAGUAUGGGGUUUAGUGGUGGUCGUAGUGUUGGUCGUAGUGGUGGUGGUCGUAGUGUUGGUCAUAGUGGUGUUGGUCAUAGUGGUGGUCGUAGUGUUGGCUGUGGUGGUGGUCAUAGUUGUGGUCGCAGUAUGGGGUUUAGUGGUGGUCGUAGUGUUGGUCGUAAUGUAGGUUUUAGUGGUGGUCGUAUUGUUGGUCGUAGUGGCCAGUGGUUGAAAUGGUUGAUGAAAUAG